GGGCAGAGGACCCUUCUUAGUCGGUGUGGUGCUCUCCCUUCCUCUAGGUGCUCCGGUGCUUAGUCGGUGCUCCGUGAUUUUUCUCCUCCCACCCUUCGUUAAAUCGCGCUUUGUUAUUUUAUGCCAGUGUUUACGCCGUUUGAUUGUGCUCCGCGGAAUCGGUGACGUCAUGAGAGAGUAAUCCCCCACCUGGGCCCCCGGGGGUACCAGGGGGCCCAGGGUGAAUGGUCUACACAAAAGUUUUAAGCCAAAGAGACCAGAGCACCCGCCGGAGGCAAGAUGGCGCACCAGCUGGAGCAGCUGCUCACCUGCUGCAUCUGCCUGGACAGGUUCCGGAACCCGAAGCUGCUGCCAUGCCAGCACUCGGUGUGCAUGGAGCCCUGCAUGGAGGGCCUCGUCGACUACGUGCGUCGACAGGUCAAGUGCCCAGAGUGCCGAGCCGAGCACAGGAUCCCUUACAACGGGGUCCAGGGCUUCCCCUCCAACGUCACCCUGCAGAGGUUCCUCGAAGCGCACAUCGAGAUCACUGGCGAGGCACCGGAUCCGCACACGGGCCAGUACAUGGAACGAUGUAAUGUGUGUAACGAAAAGAACUACCUGUCUGUGUGUGCCCAUUGCGAAAAGAAAAUAUGCGUUGACUGUAAGGCCGCUCAUCUGGACAUCCUCAAACGCGAAAUCGGCCGUAUCAACAAUCAGGUAAAGAGGGCAGCUCAUCGCCUGAACGACCAGCUCUCCAACGUAGAGAGAAACAUUUCCGCCCUCAAACAGAACACGGGCAGCGUCACGGAAGAAAUUGAAAAUAUUUGUGUUCGUUUGCAAAAAUCCCUUCGAGAUAGAUGUGAUUUUCUCAAGACAGAGCUUGAAAACUACUACCAAGCGGAGCUCCGCAACCUGACCAUCCUGAAGGAGGGCCUCGACCAGGAGGUGUCCAACAUCGGCUCCAACAUCGAGCUCGCCGAGAAACACAUGGACGACGACACGCCAUGGGACGACACGGAGCUCAUGGACGCCAAAGACAUUUUCCUCAAGACGAUGGAAUUCAUACGAAGCUUUGACUACGAGGCAGGAGACUACAGCAGGAGGGCGAGGUUCAACCCGCCGGACGACCUCAAUAAGUUGUCGACGCAGCUGAGCACCCUGGGGGACAUACCUUCAGCACGGCCCAACAAGAUGAACGACAGCUACUCCUCCGGGCCUUGCAUGGGCUCGGGGCUGAUGAAGAGCAAGAGCGACCACCGCCUCGCCGCGCAGUACCGAGACCAGGACGAUAGCUACGGCGGUUACACCACAGGCAGGACAUCGCCGCUUAUGCGCAGACGCUUCGGGGAGAGGAACGUCGAGAGGCACGACGAGGAUUCCUCGGCUGACUCUGGGCGGCGGCGGUUCCGGUCGCGGUUCAUGCGCAAAGAAGAAGACGAGGAGCGUUCGGUUCGCUUCUCCGAGGAGGACGGACCCAAGCGAAACCGCGUGAUCGACACCGAGGACGUCUCCCGCGGCCCUCUGUCGGGCAUCGUCAGGAUCACCGACUCGCCGCGGGUCAUGAAGCGCUUCCAGGAGCGCGCGGCGCCGAAGCCCCCCGUCACCCCCCUGCAGCGCAAGCCCGCCCGCCAGACCAGCAACGAGGACGAGAUCGACAAGAUCAAGAAGCAGAACAAGGCGGCCGAGUCCACCUCCGGGGGCGCGACCGCCGCCACCCCCUCCGGCGCCUCCACCCCCAGCACGCCCACCACGCCCAAGCCCGCGGGCGAGCGCGUGUCCUCCAUCCGCGAGGACGAGCGCCAGAGCCGCAGCGACCGCACCUCCACCUCCCCGAGGUCAUCGGCGAACCACUCGCCGUCGUCGUCCGUCACGCGCGAGGACGACCGCCGCCGCGACUACAGCGCCUCGGGGGCCAAUGGCUCCACGCCGUCGCGCAAGACGAGCGUCGACACGAGCGUGUCGCACCGCUCGUACCCCUUCAGCCGCUCGUCCUCCAACUCGUCCGUCGGAGACAAGGCCAGCGGCAACAGGAGCCCCCGGACGCUGGACACGACCACGUACGAGCGCAAGCUGUCCCGCUCCAACAGCACCGACAGCAACUCCGGAGACGGAGCCGCGUCGCCGAAGAAGAACACGGGCGCCGCCUUCUCCACGGAGGAGCUGCGGAACCGCUUCAUGAGGACGGACUCGAAGCCGUCCACCUCGAAGUCCGACAACAUCCGAGUACUCUCGCCCGGACGUUGGGCCAUUGCUGGGGCGCAGUGCCCAGGCUCGCGACGUAGCCAGUAGUUCUAGUUCUAGGAAUAACUGGGGCGACAGGAGCUCCUACACCUCGGUCCCUCCCAGCGGAGGCGACUCGGGUUACUCACCGACUCUGGCCUGGGCAGUCACAGACGCCCGUCCUACAUGGAGACCAAAGCCCCGUCCAAGGAGAAGGACGACGACUUCGACUCCAAGUACCCCUUCGCCAGCAAGAUCCUGAGCCGCUCUCGGGCCAGCGUGCCCGAGGAGGAGUCCAAGCACCCCUUCCAGAGUCGCUUCUUGAACCGCUCCAAGAGCUCGGCCGUCCUGGGCCCCGACGACGAGGACUCGUCCUCCUCGCCCUCGCACGGCACCAGCAGGGCUCGCUUCGAAGAGCUGAAGGAGCGCAGACAGCGGCUGGCGCGAAGCAAGAGCUCGGCGGGGCUUGAGGACGACGAGACGUCGUCAGCCGACACGUCCUCCGCCUCCGCCUACCGCCCGCGCUACGGCCGCACCGAACCCGAGACGUCGACGACAUCACGCACGUCUGCCUCGUCCUCGGGGGCGUCCGGCGGCGGCGAGGAAGGAGGUUCCUCCUCGACGCAGCUCUCCAACUGGGCCCGGUACCUGAAGAACAAGUACGGCAACCGGUCUGGCAGCGGCGAGAGCAGCACCCCCUCCGGGAGAAACACAAGCAUAGGCCUAGUUCCAGCGGUGCCGGGAGUUCACUUGGUAGCUCACGCACGGGCACGGGGUCCGCGCUGGGUGGCAGAGCCAUCUCGCGGUCCCGUUCCUCACACCUUCUUGGCCUCGCCAAAGAGGGAGAAUCUUCUGAAGACGAUUCAAAAAACGUGCACGCUACCCCUACUUCCCAACAAGCAGGUAUACUGGUUCCUACACAGUUCGGAAGUUUACAUAGGAGCCAGUACCUGCAGAAGCAGCGCCUCUUACUUAAGAUCGGGAGUAGGGGUAGUGAACCAGGAAAUUUUACAUGGCCAAGAGGCAUAGCUGUUGGACCUGACAACAGCAUAGUGGUUGCCGACUCGAGCAACCACCGCGUGCAGGUGUUUGACCAGCACGGCAAGUUUGUUAAGGAGUUUGGCUCCUACGGGAGCGCCGAAGGAGAGUUCGACUGCCUGGCAGGUGUGGCAGUCAACAGGAUCGGUCAAUUCAUUAUUGCCGAUCGCUACAAUCACAGAAUUCAAAUCUUCGAUCCGUCCGGCAUGUUCCUGCGCGCCUUCGGAAGCCAAGGCAGCGGCGACGGGCGGUUCUCUUACCCUUGGGGCGUGACCACCGACGCCCUCGGCUUCAUCUACGUGUGUGACAAGGAGAACCACCGCGUGCAGGUGUUCCAGUCCGACGGGUCCUUCGUCGGCAAAUUCGGUUCCAUGGGCAACAAACCCGCCCAGCUGGAGCAUCCGCACUACAUCGCCGUGUCCUCCACCAACCGCGUCAUCGUGUCCGACUCCAACAACCACAGGAUACAGGUGUUCGACAUCAACGGCAAGGUCACCAACACCUUCGGAGCAGAAGGCAGCGCCGAAGGACAGUUCAAGUUCCCAAGGGGCGUGGCCGUGGACGACCAGGGCUACAUCUUCGUGGCGGACAGCGGCAACAACCGCAUCCAGAUCUUCCACCCCGACGGCGCCUUCCUCAGGGCCUUCGGCUGCUGGGGAUCUGGCGAGGGAGAGUUCAAGGGCCUGGAGGGUGUGGCGGUCAUGUCCAACGGCAACAUCCUCGUCUGCGACCGAGAGAACCACCGUGUGCAGGUCUUCUGAAAAGUUGAACAAAGCAUAAAAAGCCAAAAGAUGCAAACACUUCUCAUGCAGGCAUUUUCAUGACCUCCCUGGCCACCUCCAUGACUGUCCAAGACGCCAACCAUCGUGACUACUGAGCUUGUCGUGACAUUAGCUCAGGUCACAAUACAAUUUUGGAGACAGGGAGCGUCGCGCCACGCCAGCCAAUGGGAACCAGCCUCCCCACCGCCAGCCAAUAGGAAAAAAAAGGCCCACCCAUCUUCACCAUCACCAGCCAAUAGGAAAAAAGCUUUACCACCGCCAGCCAAUGGGAGAAGAGGAACAGCGACGAAUGCCUGGAAUGUGGACAAGCCUUUCUUCUGUCAACCAACCACGAGAAGAAAUGGAAAACUUGUCCAUGACGUGUUGAAUAUAUUUAUAACCAAAUUCAUAAACACGCCAUUUAACUUAUUCAAUGUAGUCUUUCAAAUUAGCACGAAAAAAGAUAAUGAAUUAGCUUGUCACUUUGUUCUGUAGAAACGCACACGGUUAAACAAACUUGCCAUUUUGGUCAAAUUCCCGCUCGAGUGAAUCAGGUUGAGCGGAUUUUCGCUUCAAAUCCGCCAGAACCUCCCACAGGAGAGCAAAUUUGGCAGCCAAGUCGAACGCAUCGAGAACCAUUUUCAGGGUGCGCAGCGGUUAACGAGCUUGGGGCCAGGGUCGGGAUCUGCCUCACAGCUUGGGAACGAUCAUAGCAUCUCAUUCCAAAUGCCAUUAUAUAUUAUACGUAUAUGAUAAUGCCCCAUUUACGAUGAAGGUGAGCAAGGUAGUUCCAGCUCUGCGCCAGUAACUCCCGCUCGGCCCCAUGUUGUUUGCCUGCUAUAUAUUGUGAUCGCUAGGUUACAGUGCGUCUGUGUGUAGUGUUGUGUACAUUAGAAUUUACUAUAAUCUGUUUGUACAUUUGCAUAAGUGCAGUUUUUAUGAAUAUAUGGAGUCAACAACGCUGAAAGAAUCGAAGGCCAACAAGCCAACAAAGUAUCGAUUUUAUUUAUGUAUUCAUCUUUAUUCAUACAUGUAUUUGAGUCACUCGUGAUCUAACUUUUUUUUUUGAAAGAACAUUGAGUGAAUACUUGUAUAUUUUUGCUUCUUUUUUAUUUUCUGAUUUGUAAUUGUGACAUAAUUUUCUGCUGGAAUUACUGGCAUUCAUCACAGUAUCUUGGACUUAGUUAAUUAACCUCUAUAUCAUUCAUAGAUGCAUGCAGUCGUUUGAUUUCUUAGAAUACUGUUAAUGAUGAUGAUACUGUAAUUAACUCGUUGUAUCUCACUAAGUUGCUUUAAUCUCAGCUAUUUGAAACGCUUCGAUAAUGUCUGUAUGAUAAAAAAAAAUAUUUAAAAAAAUCUUUGGAAGUCAAAAUGUACAUGUACAAUAUGAACACUUUAGUAUAAUGUAAUCCAUAUCGUGGUUUGUAGAUCUAAUAAACAUUUUUUUCUCUUUUCAUAUUUCUGUAAUUUUUAAGUUGCAUGAGCAUCGAGACAUUUGUAGAGAAACUUUUCAUGUUGCAGAAAAUUGUUGCAAAAAAAGAUGACUGGAUUUUGUCAAGAAGACUGUCUAAAACUUUCUAGAUCAUUAUUGUCUAGAUUUCUUGCAAGACAGAUCUUCGUUGAAUAGAAAUAUUCCACCGGCUAGUGGCUUUAUUUUUUAUUUAACUUCUCUCUCUCUCUUAAAAUGAUGAUUUUUGGACCAAAUGCUAAAGACACACAGGAGAUUCAGCCAUACCUUGUAAAGGGGAAGAAGAAGAGAGGGAAAAGGAGGAGGAAUGGAGGAAAGGGGGAGAGGAGAAGAGAGAAAAGGGUAGAAAGGAGAACAGG